AUGAGCGAAGGGGCUGCCGGCGCCGCGGCGCCCGGGGCGGCGGAGGCGGCAGCGGCGGGGGGCCCGGGCGGGGAUGGGGCCGGGGGGCCGCCGCGGGAGCUGCGCUGCAGCGACUGCAUCGUCUGGAACCGGCAGCAGACGUGGCUUUGCGUGGUGCCCCUCUUCAUCGGCUUCAUCGGCCUGGGGCUCAGCCUGAUGCUGCUCAAGUGGAUCGUGGUGGGCUCCGUCAAGGAGUACGUCCCCACCGAGCUGAUGGACGCCAAGGGCGUGGGGCAGGACCCCUUCUUCCUCUCAAAGCCCACCGCCCCCCCCCGCGGCGCGGAGACCACCGCCGCCGCCACGCCGCGGCCGCCCAGCCGCAUCAGCCCUCGCCUCACCACGAUGAGCCGGGCCCCCCCGCGGCCCCCUGGCACCCGCGGCCCGGCGCGGAGCGGCCCGCGGCCCACCGCGGCGCGACACCCUGCCGCGCCCCACACGGCGCCGCCCGCCAGCGGCCCCCCCGGCCGCGGCGCCCGGCCACCGCCCGCCACCCCGAGCACCCCGCCGCUGCCCGCCUGGCCCACUGCGGCACACGCUACCUCCUCCUACAAGAUCUAUGUCCACGACUCGGCGCCGUCCUGGACCCUGUCUCCCUUCCAGGAGUCAACCACCACCACGACAGAGGCCAGCACGACCCCCAAAAUCCAUACUACAACGUAUUCCACUGAGCGAUCUGAGCACUUUAAGCCAUGCAAAGACAAGGAUCUUGCAUAUUGUCUCAAUGAAGGGGAAUGCUUUGUGAUUGAAACCUUAACAGGAUCACAUAAACACUGCCGGUGCAAAGAGGGCUACCAGGGAGUCCGCUGUGACCAAUUUUUGCCGAAAACCGACUCAAUCUUGUCAGAUCCAACAGACCAUUUAGGAAUUGAAUUCAUGGAGAGUGAAGAAGUGUACCAGCGCCAGGUGCUGUCCAUUUCCUGUAUCGUCUUUGGCAUAGUCGUAGUGGGCAUGCUUUGUGCAGCGUUCUACUUCAAAGCAAAGAAACAAACAAAGCAAAUUCAUGAACAGCUGAAAGAAACACAGAAUAGGAAAACCUACAGCCUAAAUGCUUCCAGCAUGAUGGCAAAGUCAGAGUGUGUGGCACAAAGCCGAGUCCAGCUGCAAAAUUAUUCAAAAACAGAUAGGCAUCCUGGGCCUAUUCUGGACAAAGUUAUGGAGUCUAGUUUUUCAGGCCCUCAGUCUUUCCCAGAGGCCUUGUCUCCUGACAGAGGAAUGCAACCCAUCAAGCAACACAGAAGUCUCUCUUCAUGCUGCAGCCCAGGGCAAAAAAGCGGGAUGCUACAUAGAAAUGCCUUUCGCAGGACGCCACCCUUACCUCCGGGUAGGUUCAAUGGAAUUACAGGACCAGCAUAUCAACAGCUAGAAGAGUCAAGGAUCACAGACCAGGACACAAUACCUUGUCACGGGUAUUCAUCCAGUGGUUUGAAAACUCCUCAGAGUACUUCAAUAAAUAUGCAACUGCCUUCAAGAGAGACAACUCCUUAUUUUAAUAACGUGGAUCAGAAGGAUUUGGUCGGCUAUUCAUCAUCAAGGGCCAACUCCGUUCCCAUCAUCCCAUCUGUGGGCUUGGAUGAAGCCUGCAUGCAAAUGCAAAAUGUUUCUGAAGUAACAGGCAUCAAAUGGUGCAAAAACUCCUAUUCAGCUGAACUUGUCAAUGUGAGUUCCCCAGUCAGUAAUUGUCUUAUAGCAGAACAGCACGAAGUGAAAAUAUUACUAGAAACUGUGCAGGAGCAGAUUCGGAUUCUGAGAGAUGCGAGGCGGUCGGAGGACUAUGACGUGUCGAGCGUAGAAGCAGAGCGCAGCGCCAGUGAAAACUCAGCCUUCCUGCCCAUGAGCCCCACGGCCAAGGCAGAGCGAGAGGCACAAUUUGUCUUAAAAAGCGAAACACAAAGAGACUCCGUAUUGACCAAGUGA